CAACCCCACAAAGGCAUCCUGGGUGGUAGCAAGGGCUGUUAAAAGCAGUUGCACUUCUCACAGCUGACUGUUCGUGGUAUUCAAACUAUUUGACAGCUCUCCUGGGCCGCACAUAAUCAAAUUAGAUUACACAGCUGAUCCAUUCUUUGAUUUGACCGUCCACCUCAGCAUCUUGUGGUCCAGAAUCCACCAAUAUCAGCUUACCUGUUAUCAUCAGCACUGCGACAUUGGAAACUGAUCAUGGAGACUGCCCUCCCUGUUACUGCUUUCAGUGGCAAUGUGACUCCAACUAUAAAUUACAAAUCAAGCCCAACAUCCUACACUGAAUACUAUUACUACCCUGACGAGAACUCUGAGCCGUGUGAGUACGGGGGUUCAGGAGCCAAAUACCUUCCUUUCCUCUACAGCAUUAUCUUCGUCCUGGGCCUUCUGGGAAACUCUCUGGUCAUCUGGGUCACCAUCUGCGGGGUGCGUCUCCGCAGUAUGACCGACGUGUGCCUCCUGAACCUGGCCAUCGCUGACCUGCUGUUGGUGUGCUCUCUUCCCUUCCUCGCCCACCAGGCCCGCGACCAGUGGCUGUUCGGAGAUGCUAUGUGCAAAGUGAUCCUGGGCAUUUAUAAUAUUGUUUUUUACUGUGGGAUCUUCUUCAUCUGCCUGAUGAGCAUCGACCGGUACUUGGCCAUAGUUCACGCUGUUUACGCCCUUAGAGCACGGACGCGGUCAUUCGGACUGGUCGCGGCUGCUGUUACCUGGGUGGCUGGAUUUCUGGCUUCUUUCCCUGAUCUGAUCUUCCUCAAACUGCAAAUUGGUGCCAACUCGACCAAGUUCUGCGCUCCUGAGUAUCCCUCACCUAAGUCGAGCGACGAGAGCGACGAGAGCGACGACAGUUUCUCUUCUCUUCACUUCUGGGGGGUCUUUAGCCUUUUCAAAAAGAACAUUUUGGGUCUGCUAGUCCCAGCCCUCAUCAUGGGGUUCUGCUACUCUCAGAUUGUGUGGAGGCUGCUGUACUGCCAGUCGCCUAAGAAACAGGCCAUCCGGUUAGUCCUCGCAGUGGUGGUGGUUUUCCUCUGCUGCUGGCUCCCCUAUAACGUUGCAUUGUUCUUCAAAGCACUGGAGCUCCUGGAUGUCUACUCAGAUUGUGGAAAGAGCCAAGCCAUCAGGUCUACUUUAGAAGUCACAGAGACCAUUGCCUACGCUCACAGCUGCCUCAACCCCAUCCUGUACGUGUUUGUCGGGGAGAAGUUCAGGAGGCACCUGGUGAGGCUGAUAAACACAACUCCCUGUUGGCUGUGUCAGGUGUUCAAGGUCCACAUCCCUCGGGACAGAAGAGGAUCACUGUACUCACAAACCACCAGUGUGGACGAGAGGAGCACCGCUGUGUAAAGUCAACUUCAGGCCACACUGACGCUUUGUGAAGGUCAUUUAGAUUCAGGUCAAGAAUAGGGCAAGAUUUUGGCACGUUGCGUUCUCAAACGCAACGUGCCAAAAUCUAUAGGUCUAAAGGAAUAAAAGAAAGCACAUAUGACUUACUUUGUAUGAUUUUUAAAACUUAUCAUCAAAAUUGCGUUUUUUCAACUAUAAUAAUAUCUCCAUUACACCAUGUACUACGGUGGCCCUGAGAGCUCAACGAACAGCAACUAAAGAAAACACAUGCAAGUUGACAAAACACAAGCAAAGUAAGAAAACAUCUUCAUCAAUUUCACAACACAACACAAGACAUUACAGAAAUGCGCAGCAAAUACAAAAAGUGCGCAGAAAAUACAAAAAGUGCGCAGCAAAUACACAAACGCGCAGCACCGCGCUGCAAAUAGAGGAGAAACGACAACGGAAGUGUUUUCAGAGGACAGCUAAAUUGAAAAAAAUUCUUUCUUACUUUGCUUGUGUUUUGUCAACUUGCAUGUGUUUUCUUAAGUUGCUGUUCGUUGAGCUCUCAGGGCCACCGUAAUACGCAGAUUGGACCAUUUACACAUUUCAAUAUUUCUCUAUAAAAUCUUGAUAUUCUUACUAUAUACACUUUUUUAUUUUUGAUAUACACUUCUCUAUUUUUUUAUAAACUCUGUGGAGUAUGUCAGCUUUAAUAUGUAAUGUAAAUAGUUAAUUCCUCAGCAGGGCGUACACAGUAUGUUGCAAGCCAACAUGUGACUUACACUUGUCCCUCUUGGCAGCUUGAGCAAAAGUCUUAAUGCAUCCUGAAGCAUUUUCAGUUUUGCAUGUCUAUAGCAGCACCACUAUAUAAAAAGGAGAACAGUAGGCUUGAACAUAUGCUUUUCAAACAACAUCUGUUUAGAACAUUUGCACGAUAUGUUUGCGAUAUUUUUAAGUGAGCUUUUUAACAGAUUGUAUCUGCACCUGCAAGUCCGACGUACUAUAUUUUUAAAAACAAACGUCUUUUCCCUUGUACUCACAUACUAUCAGCUGAAGCCGCCGUGACCUCAUUUAAUCAUGGGUGGCACAAAACAACAGCAGGAGUGGUAUAGAGAUUCUGACCAUAGUGUUAGUUUCUGAAAAGUAAAAACAAGUUUAUUGACACCUCUUUCACACAUGCCUCCGUUUUCUUGGUAUCAAACAGUUUCACAGCAGAAAAAGCUUGCUGCUGCAUCUGGAAGCUAUACGUGCGUUGCAAGCUUCACAGCUCUCUGCAGCAAACCGUUUGCACUAAAUCCAGAGAAAACCACGACGUCAAAGGGGAAGGAUGUCACCAAGCUGUCACUUUAACAUGUCUAGCUUUUGUGCAUCCAAGCAUUUUAUCAUAACUUUUUGAAUAUUUCUACAUUAUGCAUUUCAUAAAAUGUCAUAAUAAUGGAGAGUGAAAUUACUUUAUAUAAUAAAUCCUCAUAUCAAUAAAUUGGACUUUAUAUAUAUGUGUGUAUUCUAUCCAAAUUACUAAAUAAUACUCAUAUUAUUUGACCUUUACUUUACUUACUUUACCUUUACUAAAACUCAAUACAAUUCCAUUAUCAGUCUUUUCUCAAAGGGUUUCUAUUAAUUCUGCACCAUAGUUAAAUAAAUGUAACAUGGGUUUGUUACAUUUAAUGAAGAUAUUGAAGGUAUGACACGAUAAAACAUCAACUUAUCCCUUCCUGUUACAGAUAUGAGUAACAAUGCGAGCAGAAUACAACCGCAGCAUCCCCCGCCCCCAGCCCUAAUUUCAGAACAUCCUGUCUGUAGCUGGCGGUCAGUGAGGCGAAAUGUCAACAGAGAUGCAGGAGACUCAGCGCAGCACUUUCUAACCUUGAGUGUAAUAAUAACCCCGACAUGUCCAGUGGGCCGCGUGCUGGACCUUACCAGCAUGUUGCCCCUCUGAGGGUAUCAACGAUAUCAGGUUUUCAUCUUAUUCUGAAAAGCAUACUGUGAACAAUUGGUUUUGGUUUUGGUCAGAGUAACACAGCUGUAACAUGCAGCCGGAAUGUACAUACUUUUGUAAUGUUGAUUAAAUGUAUUUCCCCUUUGUCAAUAAAAUGGUACUAUAUCCCAAA